AUGCUGACUGAAUUUAAAUCCUUCUUUGAUAAUCUCGAAGUUCUUCAUAAAAUCAAACAUAUAUGGUCUAAGUUUUAGCCAGCAGUAUAUGAAGUAAAUAAAAAUGUAAACAACCUAGAAUGAUUCAAUUAUUUAUGAAUCCGUAUGUCAUAAAAUAAGUAGAAAAAGAAAAUAGCUCAAACCAAUCUUAAUUCAAUUAGGAUAAGAAUAGAUGUAUCUUUUUAAAAAUAAAAAUCCACAUGGAAUGCUUCAGUUAACAGUAGUUAUCAUGAGCACAUAAAAAACUGAUUAUGGAAUAGCAUUAAGAUUGUUAAGAAAUGGAUAAUAUAUUGAUAUAAUUACAUAGGAUAUUAAUAUUCUCAAGUAAUUAUUGUAGUACAAAUGUUUACAAACUACAUUUCAUGAUGAAUUUAGUGUUUCCAAAUUAAUAGGCAAAGGAAGUUUUGCAAAAGUUUACCUAGCAUCUAAGAAAUCUUCUGGAAUCUAAUAUGCAAUAAAAGCAUUCAAUAAAGAAUUCAUGUUUGAAUAAUUCAAAGGCAUAGAAAGUUUAGAAAAUGAGAUCAAGGUCAUGCGUAGAUUAAAUCAAGAAAAUCUUGUACAUUUACAUGAAGCUUAUGAAACAUAAAAUUCAAUCUAUUUUGUUCUAGAUUUAUUAUAAGGAGGUGAAUUAUUAGUUAGAGCUAAGACUAAUCCAUUUUCAAGUGAAUGUUUAUAAUAAUUAAUGUACAAUUUUAUUAAGGCACUUGUACAUAUACAUAAUAAGAAGUGUAUUCAUAGAGAUUUAAAACCAGAAAACUUAUUGUUAAAAACUAAAGAAUCAUCUACUGAUGUUGUAAUUGCUGAUUUUGGAUUAGCAACUUUUCUAAAUGAAUAAAUUAUUUUUAAAAGAUGUGGAACUCCUGGAUUUGUUGCACCUGAAAUCUUAAUAUAUAAAGAAGAUGAUCCAUUUUAUGAUGAUAAAUGUGAUAUAUUUAGUGCUGGUGUUAUAUUCUAUAUAUUACUUACUGGCAAACAACCAUUUUAAGGAUCUGAUUAUAAAGUAAUAUUAAGAUCAAAUAAAAAUUGUGAAAUUAAUUUCAAUUUAAAGUAAAUAUAAUAGGUACAUUAAACAUUUAUAAAUUUAGUCUUCACAAAAAUUAUAAGAUUUACUAAGAAAAAUGCUUCAGUAAAAUCCUAAAGAUAGACCUAAUGCUGAAACAUGUUUAUAGCAUCCCUAUUUCAAAGAGAUAUUUAAUAAAAAAGACUUAAUUGAAAUUUAUGAAAAUCUAAUUGAAUAUGAAAUUGAAAAUUAACAUAGAUUAUAAAAAAUAGGUAGUUUUGAUAGUUAAAUUGGUUCAAUGGAACUAAUUAGUAGAUCUCCUAUUCUCAAUGGUCUCAUUGAUACAAUUGGAUCAUUGUCAAAUGGUUCAGUUUUAGGAUCAUCAAGUCGUUUAGAAAAGCCACAACCACAACAAUAACAAUAACAAUAAUAAUCUAAAUUUAGUUAAUUUUGUUAAAAUAUGAAGAAUGUUCAACAAGAUUCUAAUUUUAAUUCUCAAGCCUCUCCUUAGAAUAAAAGAAAAGACUCAUAGGAUCUUCAUAAAUUUGCAUUGAAAAAUUCUUAUUAGAAAAAACAAUAAAGCAAAGAUGAUGAUUAUGUAAAUGAAGAAUCAGCAAAUUUAGAAGAUGCCAUUUAAAAAUUAAAUUCUUAAACACCUAAAAUUGGUAUAUUUAAAAAGAGUGCUUCCUGUAAGAUACCAAAAACAAUAAAGGAAUGA